ACAUACAUAAAUUUUGAGAUUUUAUUUCAUUUAUUGUAUCUCAUAUCGUAUAUAUAAGUAUAUAUGUAAAUAACCAUAUGCUUGUAUAAUCAUAUGUAAUACAUUAAUUUUUAUUUAUUAUCUAUUUAUUUAAUCAAAUUUUUUUUACUUUAAUUUGUUUUAAUAAUAAAUUAGAAAAAAAAGGAAUUAUAUCAUAUUUGUAAAUUCAUAUCUAAAUUUUUUGUUGCAUAAUAAUGAUGCAUAAUGUUAUGAAACUGUAUAAAAAAGGCUGAUUCCAUAUAUAAAAUUAAUAUAAAACAUUCAUUUGUUUAAAAUUUAAUAAUCACAAUCACAUGUACAAAUGCGCACACCACAAAAAGUGGAAAAUAUAAAAGAUUAUAGAUAUUUUUAGUAUUCAUAAAUAGAUAUAAAAAAAAGAUUAUAUAAAAUGAUUGAAAAAAUGAAAAAAAAUAUAUCUAAUACAAAGAAAAUCAAUAAAAAUAUUAGUGAAAAAAAGAAUUGUCAGAAAAAAAAAUUAACAAAUGAUGAAGAUAAACAUAAAUCCACAAUUGUUAAAAAUAAAAAUUUAAAAUUUAAAAAUAAAUCUACAAAAAAUAAAUUGUUUAAAAAAGUCAAACAAAUAUAUAAAAAUAAUGAAAAUCAUAAUUCUAUUAAUUUUUUAAAUUCUGAUGUAAUGAAAGUAGAUACUAAAAUAGAUAUUAAAAAUAAAAGAAAGAGUAAAUUAAUCAAAAAAGUUCAAAAUAAAAAAAAACAGCAAAUUGAUGACAAAAAACAAUAUCAAAAAAAUCUUGAAGAAAAAAACAAAAUCUCUGACCAAAUUGAAAACAAGAUUAAUAAUAACAAUAAAUUUAUAAAAAAGACAAAAACCAAACAUAUAGAAUCUGAAAUGGAACAACGAAAUAACGAACCAGCAAAAUUAAAUUCAAUGUUACAAAAAAAACAAAAACAAAAAUUAAAUAACAAAUUAACAAAAUUGAAUUUGAUAUUAAGAAAAAAACAAAAAAGAGAACAAAAACUAAAUAAUAAAGUAAUAAACUUAAAUUCAAUAUUAAAAAAGAAAAUAAAACAAAAUAAGAAUAAAUUUUCAGAUUCUUCAAAAAAAAAUAAUUCUGAAACAUCUCUUAAGCAAUACAAUUUAGAAAAAUUACUUUCUAAAGAUAAUAAACAAGAAGAACAAAAAAAAAAAAAAGUAAAGGAAAAACCACAAUCUUUAAGGGAUAGAAUGAUGACUAAAUUAAGAGCUUCUAGAUUCAGAUAUUUAAAUGAAACACUUUAUAAUAAUGAAAGUUCAGAAUCUAAAAAAUAUUUCAAAAAUGAUCCUGAUGCAUUUAAGGCAUAUCAUGAAGGAUAUAAACAGCAAAUCGAACAAUGGCCUUUAAAUCCUCUUGAUGUUAUAAUAUCUUCGAUAAAAAAAAUACCAAAGCAAUAUAUAAUUGCUGAUUUUGGAUGUGGAGAAGCAAGACUUGCUGCUACAGUUCCUAAUAAAGUACAUUCUUUUGAUUUUAUUUCUCUGAAUGAAAAUGUAACUGCUUGUGAUAUAACACAUACCCCAUUAUUAACAAGUGGAGUAGAUGUUGUUGUGUUUUGCUUAUCUUUAAUGGGAACCAAUCUUAAAGAUUACAUUAUAGAAGCAAAUAGAGUUCUUAAAAAAGAUGGCAUUUUAAAAAUAGCUGAAGUUGAAAGUCGAUUUGAACAUAUAGAAGAUUUUAUAAAAGUAAUAAAUAGUUAUGGUUUCAAAAACACUUGGAAAGAUUUGUCUCAUAAUUUAUUUUAUUUUUUAGAUUUUAAAAAAGAAAGAGACAUUAAUAAUAGAAAUAAAUUACCUCUUAUAAGUUUAAAACCAUGUUUAUAUAAAAAGCGCUAAAAAUUACGUAAUAAUUUAACAUUGUAAUUUUUAUUAUUAAUAUAUAAUAAAUAAUAUUAUUAUUUUAUAAAGCAAUGCAUUUUAAUAAAAUUUGUUAUUAUAUAUUACAUAUACUAUAUU